GGCACAUCACUAUGGCACAGCCAUACCGUAGGCUUACAGUAUGUUCUGUUUUGUUGUGGAAUGACGUAGCAUGUCUAAUUUAAUCUUCCCAGCCAGCAGCCGAGACAACUUCCUCGUAUGGUAGUUUUAUUUUGGUCAGUCAGUGUGUCGAUUUCGGUCUGUGAUUUUAGAAUGUUGAGUCGACUCGGUAACCUGACAGGUGGAGACUGAGAAGCGCACAGGUGAACUGCCAUCGUUUACACGAUGAGCUACUACAGUGAUACGCCAAGUGUCGACGAUGAGUUGGAGUCAUUAGGAUGGUACCACUUUGACCUGUCCCGCCAUGCCGCUGAAGCUCUCCUCCUAUCCAAUGGGAAAGAUGGCAGCUAUCUCCUCCGAAACAGUCAUGAGGGUCCUGGCAGCUUUGCCCUCUCUGUCAGAGCCAAGGAUUCAGUUAAACAUUUCCAUGUGACACGGAAAAGCAGUGGCUACGCUUUUGGCUUCAAUGAGUUUGCGUCCCUCCAGGACUUUGUCAGCCAUUUUGCCAACCAGCCUCUGCUGGGCAGUGAGACAGGAACCCUCAUUGUUCUUAAAUGCCCAUAUCCAUGGCGUGUAGAAGAGCCGUCCAUCUAUGAGUCUGUGCGGGUUCACACCGCCAUGCAGACAGGACGAACAGAGAGCGACCUGGUGGCUAACGCUCCAUCGUUUGGAACAAAGGAGGGCUAUCUGGUCAAGUUAGGAGCAGUCGUAAAGAACUGGAAGCAGAGGUGGUUCACAUUAAACAGAAAUGAGCUCAAAUACUUUAAGGACAAAAUGUUUGAUGAGCCUAUUCGCACCAUUGAUCUGACAGCAUGCUCUGCAGUCCAGUUUGACUACUCCAAGGACAGAGUCAACUGCUUCUGUUUGGUGUUCCCUGAGAGGACAUUUUAUCUGUGUGCCAAGAGUGGUGUGGAGGCAGAUGAGUGGAUCAAGAUAAUACGAUGGAAACUGUCACAAAUAAGAAAAGGAAGAUGACAACAUGAAGAGGAGGAGCCAAAAGAGGCAUAUUCUCACAGUGAACUAAAUUACCUUAAGUCUGGUAGCUUGUCACUCCUGUUAUCCUCAGAGAUCCUUUCUGCUCCACAGAUGACUGGCUGGUAACCCAAGACAAAAGACAAUUGGGCUCUCUGACCAUCGAAAAAUGGCCAUGUAAUUUUCAGGACAUGCACAAUGACAAUGUUUUGGAUCUAAUCGUAUUUUUUUGCGAUAGAUUUGAGUUCUUCCAGGAAUUUUAUUUUCUCUAGAUUGAUAUCUUUCACUGGUUGACAUUCACUUGAUCUUAAUUUUACUUAAUUAACAAGAUGUAACCCUCAUACUGUGAAUAAAUAUUUAUU